GAUGAUGGGUAAUGUGCAUUAAAUUGUUAUUAGAUUUAAAUAAAAAAGAAAAAAAAAGAAAAAGUGGAGCAACACCCGUGAAGCCAUGAACAGCACGUCAUGCCUCUGUCAAGCCUACGAUGUUGCGAUGGCCCGCUAUGACGGGGCAUGAUGCCUCUUCAUGUCCAUGGAAUCCAAUCCCUCUGCCGGCCAAUUUCCCUCUGGAGUCGGCCAUUCUCCCUCCGCCGGCAGAUUUCCCUCUAGAGCGGGCCGUUCUCCCUCCGCCGGCCGAUUUCCCUCUGGCACCGGCCGUUCUCCCUCCGCCGGCCGAUUUCCCUCUGGCGCUAGCCGUUCUCCCUCCGCCGGCUGAUUUCCAUCUGGCGCCGGCCGUUUUCCCUCCGCCGGCCGAUUUCCCUCUAGUGCCGGCCGAUCUCCCUCCGCUGGCCGAUCUCCCUCCGCUGGCCGAUCUCCCACCUCUGGCUGAUCUCCCACCUCUGGCCGAUCUCCCUCCUCUGGCCGAUCUCCCUGAACUGGCCGAUCUUCUGGCCGAUCUCCCUCCUCCAGUGCCAGAGGGAAAUCGGCCAGUGCUAGAGGGAAAUCGGCCGGCGGAAGGAGAACGGCCAGCGGAGGGAGAUCGGCCAGAGGAGGGAGAACAGCCAGCGGAGGGAGAUCGGCCGGCGUCAGAGGGAGAUCGGCCGGCGCAGAGGGAAAUCGGCUGGCGGAGGGAGAACGGCCGGCGCCAGAUGGAAAUCAGCCGGCAGAGGGAGAACAGCCAGCGCCAGAGGGAAAUUGGACGGCAGAGGGAGAACGGCCAGUGCCAGAGGGAAAUCGGCUGGCAGAGGGAGAACGGCCCGCUCUAGAGGGAAAUCGGCCGGCGGAGGGAGAACGGCCGGCUCCAGAGGGAAAUGGGCCGGGGGAGGGAUUGGAUUCUGCUCUCGACCUCAGCCAUAACCUGAACGUGAAGGAACCUUCUUCAGGACUUGUGGAAGUGGCGGAGAGCGAUCCAUCAUGCGAUGUUUGUUGUUUUGAUUCAUCUUCACCAUCUGGAAACUGUUCCUUUGAUAGUGACUCAUUUUUGAAUUUUGGAAGCUUUAAUAGUGAUUUUAAAAUUUGAAAAAUAUGGCGGAAGCUUUUCGUUCCGUCCAAGACAUUUAUGGACUGAUGUGCAUUGUUAAGAAAACCCCUAAAACAUCUCUGUUGGCUGUCUACUAUGCUAAGCUUACCGAAAUCUUUUGGAUAUCAUCGAGUCAUCUCUAUCAUGCUUAUGCAUGGCUCAAACUUUUUUCUCUCUAAGAAAGUUUCAAUUAAAAC